UGUGACAACAUGCCUCACUAGCAGAGAAUGUUUUAUCGUGCUCACUUGUUUACCGAACGAAAAAUUCUAAUUUUAGUUUGUUGAACAGGAUUACCAAAAUUAUUAUAAUUCAAGAGCCAUCUAUCCCAUACACGCAGCUCGUACAGUUUUUAAAAAGAAACGACAACCUAUCACCUUUCAUAGGGUUAUUCUUCCUGUCUUACCGGAAGUAACGAAACCAGAAGAUUCGCCGCGUAUCCGCUAACUACAGCAGUGGCGGCAAAACAUUCGCAACAAAAUCUCAAUUUUGCAAUUAUUUUCAUUGACUUUUGUCAUACAUAUUUAAUCUACAGACAAAAUGUUAUCAUUAGACUUCCUCGACGAUGUCCGGCGAAUGAAUAAGCGGCAGCUUUACUAUCAGGUGCUGAAUUUUGGCAUGAUUGUAUCUUCAGCUUUGAUGAUCUGGAAAGGCUUGAUGGUUGUAACUGGGAGUGAAAGCCCGAUUGUGGUUGUUCUCAGUGGAAGCAUGGAGCCUGCAUUUCACAGAGGAGACCUUCUCUUUCUCACAAAUCGUGUUGAAGAUCCAAUCAGAGUGGGAGAGAUUGUUGUGUUCAGGAUCGAGGGAAGAGAAAUUCCCAUUGUACACAGAGUCCUAAAAAUUCAUGAAAAAGAAAACGGCGAUAUUAAGUUCUUGACGAAAGGUGACAAUAAUUCUGUGGAUGACAGAGGCCUUUACAAGCAGGGACAGCACUGGUUGGAGAAGAAAGACGUGGUGGGAAGAGCAAGAGGGUUUGUGCCUUACAUCGGAAUUGUCACAAUUUUGAUGAAUGACUACCCCAAAUUUAAGUAUGCUGUACUGUGUUUGCUCGGGCUGUUUGUUUUGGUACACAGAGAAUGAAGAAUUUCAAGAGUAACGCCGUCGGGGAACACGCGUCCCUCUUGUGACCAGUUUUUAUGGUGUUUUUUUUGUGAACAUCCUGCACUUGCUCUUGGAGACAAAGGUCAAAUUUCAUUUUCUCUGUUGAAUGACAGCGCAUACACAAGAACUACUGGAAGAAUUUGUAUUUGUUCAUUUUCCAUGUCAUACCAAAUUCAGUUUUUGUUUGAUCCGACUUUACAGCUGUACUUGCACCAUAUGUCAAGAUGUAACUUUCUUAAAGGCUAAAUUUUGUAUUGAAUAAAAAUGUUGAGCCAA